GUUGACCUCAAAAAAGUUUUGUCAGGACAUUAUUCCACAUCUAUCAAUCCAAAACAGUUGCAAACUCUCAGCAAAGGAUUUGAAAUCACUCUAUUGCAGCCAACCACAAUUCACAAAGUUAGAACUUACAGAGAUUGGAGCAUCACAACCAACCUCUGGGUUAAAGUGCUUGCUUUCAUCAUGCCAUGGAGAGAAUCAGAGUUGUGA